GAAAGAGAUAUGGAUGUUUUGCUACUCUUCUUGCUCUAUGCUGUGCUGUUCUUCACCUUUAUAUCAGCUUGUGGAAAACGGAAAACAUCUCGGAAAUCGGAGGAAAGGAGGAGAAGAAAACAUCAUGGGAGACGCGAAAGACAUGAUGAAGAUUUUGAUAGAGAUAUAGAGCCACCGAAGGAUUUCCAGAUGCCACCUCCAGGGCCUCCCGUACCAGAGGGUGCCAUACCUCCUGAAAACGCCACAGCAGUAGCCACAGCGCAUGAAGCAGGACCAGAGGAAUCAAUGCACUCAAUGAACGAAGCUUUCCAAUGUCGUGAUUACACGCCAGCCAUAUUUAAUGAGAGGGAAUUGCAAACCUUGUUUGAUAUGCUGAAACAAACCUGACACAGCAGCCUAUAGAAAAGUCAUUCUGUAGAUUGAUUUGUUUAUAUACGUAAGGCGAUAGAAACAUAAUAGUUGAAC